ACUACCACUGCUCCAACCACAACAACUACUGCUCCAACCACAACUACUGCUCCAACCACAACUACUGCACCGACCACAACAACUACUGCAUCAACCACGACAACUACUGCCCCAACUACAACAACCACUGCCCCAACUACAACAACCACUGCACCAACCACAACCACUACUUCUCCAACCACAACUACUACUUCUCCAACCACAACUACUACUGUUCCAACGACAACUACUGCACCAACCACUGCAACUACUACCCCAACAACAACUACUGCUCUAACCACAACUACUGCAGCAACCACUACAACUACUACUUCAACUACAACAACUACUGCACCAACCACUACAACCACUGCACCAACCACAACAACUACUGCUCCAACCACAACUAUUCCCCCAACCACAACAACUACUGCCCCAACCACAACAACUACUGCCCCAACCACAACAACUACUGCAACAACCCCAACUACUGCACCAACCACCACAACUACUGCACCAACCACAACUACUACUGCCCCAACCACAACUACAAUUACUGCUCCAACCACAACUACUGCACCGACCACAACAACUACUGUCCCAACCACAACCACUGCUCCAACCACAACUACUGCACCGACCACAACAACUACUACACCAACCAUGACAACUACUGCCCCAACCACGACAACUACUGCCCCAACCACAACUAGUACUGCACCGACCACAACAACUACUGCCCCAACCACAACUACUACUGCUCCAAUCACAACAACUACGGCCCCAACUACAACUACUCCUGCACCAACCACAACAACUACUGCCCCAACCACAACAACUACUGCCCCAACCACAACUACUACUGCCCCAACCACAACUACUACUGCUCCAACCACAACAACUACAACUACUACUGCACCAACCACUACAGCGACUGCUCCAACCACUACAACUACUGCCCAAACUACAACAACCACUGCCCCAACUACAACAACCACUGCACCAACCACAACUACUACUGCUCCAACCACAACUACAACUACUACUUCAACUACAACAACUACUGCACCAACCACUACAACCACUGCACCAACCACAACAACUACUGCUCCAACCACAACUACUGCUCCAACCACAACUACUGCACCGACCACAACAACUACUGCAUCAACCACGACAACUACUGCUCCAACCACUACUACUGCUCAAACCACAACAACUACUACCCCAACCACAACUACUACUGCUCCAACCACAACUACUGCCCCAACCACAACAACUACUGCCCCAACCACAACAACUACUGCAACAACCACAACAACUGCACCGACCACAACAACUACUGUCCCAACCACAACUACUGCUCCAACCACAACUACUGCCCCAACCACGACAACUACUGCCCCAACCACAACUAGUACUGCACCAACCACAACAACUACUGCCCCAACCACAACUACUACUGCUCCAAUCACAACAACUACUGCCCCAACUACAACUACUCCUGCACCAACCACAACAACUACUGCCCCAACCACAACUUCUACUGCCCCAACCACAACUACUACUGCUCCAACCACAACAACUACAACUACUACUGCACCAACCACUACAACAACUGCUCCAACCACUACAACUACUGCCCAAACUACAACAACCACUGCCCCAACUACAACAACCACUGCACCGACCACAACUACUACUGCUCCAACCACAACUACUACUGUCCCAACCACAACUACUACUGCUCCAAUCACAACAACUACUUCCCCAACUACAACUACUACUGCACCAACCACAACAACUACUACUCCAACCACAACUACUGCUACAACCACAACUACUGCACCGACCACAACAACUACUGUCCCUACCACAACUACUGCUCCAACCACAACUACUGCACCGACCACAACAACUACUGCAUCAACCACGACAACUACUGUCCCAACCACAACUACUGCACCGACCACAACAACUACUGCCCCAACUACAACAACCACUGCCCCAACUACAACAACCACUGCACCAACCACAACUACUACUUCUCCAACCACAUCUACUACUGUUCCAACGACAACUACUACUGCUCCAAUCACAACAACUACUGCCCCAACCACAACAACUACUGCCCCAACCACAACUACUACUGCUCCAACCACAACAACUACUGCUCCAAUCACAACAACUACUGCCCCAACCACAACUACUACUGCUCCAACCACAACUACUGCUCCAGCCACAACUACUGCUCCAACCACAACUACUGCACUGACCACAACAACUACUGCAUCAACCACGACAACUACUUCCCCAACCACAACUACUACUGCACCAACCACAACAACUACUACUCCAACCUCAACUACUGCUACAACCACAACUACUGCACCGACCACAACAACUACUGUCCCUAACACAACUACUGCUCCAACCACAACAACUACAACUACUACUGCACCAACCACUACAGCGACUGCUCCAACCACUACAACUACUGCCCAAACUACAACAACCACUGCCCCAACUACAACAACCACUGCACCAACCACAACUACUACUGCUCCAACCACAACUACUACUGUUCCAACGACAACUACUGCACUAACCACUACAACUACUGCUCCAAUCACAACUACUGCCCCAACUACAACUGCACCAUCCACAACUACUGCCCCAACCACAACAACUACUGCCCCAACCACAACAACUACUGCAACAACCACAACUACUGCACCAACCACAACUACU